AUGAAGAAUACUGUUAUUCUUAUGCUCGCGGGCACAGCCCUCGCGAUACCCGUCAACAAGACCAUUGAGGCCCGCAAGCCCUGCUUAUUCCUUGAUGGAAUAUCCUCUGGUGAGGGCAGCGGCUCGGGGAGCGCCGAAUCUUCAGGCAGUGGUCUCCUCAGUGGUCUCGCUUCCAUCUUCGGUGGAGGUAGUGCAUCUGCAAGUGGGUCGGCCGACUCGUCUGGUGAGGCUUCUACCUCAGGAGAGGGAUCUGCUUCCGGCUCAGGCUCUGGAUUUGCUAGUGGUGGCCUAAGCGGUGGUCUUAGUGGACUUGGCCUCGGCAGUGGAUCUUCGGGAAUAGGUGCUAGCGGUACUACCUCCGGGGGUCUCGGUGCAUCGGGUACCGGUUCUCUGGGAGCUUCUGGUUCAGGCACUGCAUCGGGAGGUUUGUCUGGUGGUGCUAGCGGUACUACCUCCGGGGGUCUCGGUGCAUCGGGUACCGGUUCUCUGGGAGCUUCUGGUUCAGGCACUGCAUCGGGAGGUUUGUCUGGUGGUGCUAGCGGUACUACCUCCGGGGGUCUCGGUGCAUCGGGUACCGGUUCUCUAGGAGCUUCUGGUUUAGGAACUGCUUCAGGUGGCCUCGGUGCCUCCGCCGGGCUCUCUGGUGGUGCUAGCGGCACUACUUCAGGUGGUCUCGGUGCUUCGGGUACUGGAUCGGGCACUGAUUCUUCUGGUGCGAGUUCUUCCAGCAGCCCAUCGACCUCUGAUUCGACGGGGGCCGGUGAUUCCUCUUCGGGCUCUACUGGCUCUGGGAUUUCUGGCUCUAGCACCGUUGGUGUUAGCGGUUCCGGAAAUGGUGAGACUGGUACAAGCAUCUGGGGCAUAGGCAGCACCACUGGUUCAGGUACUGGCACUGCACCGGAAAUAUGGAGUACUAGCAUCAGUAUUUCUUUCCCUGGUGCUACCGGCUCAGUCAGUGGCUCGGCAUCUGCUCAGGCUGAGGCCUCAGCUCAAGCUGAAGCUUCGGCUGCCGCUAGUGCGAGUGCAAAUGCGUCCGCGGAUGCGAAUGCCUCUGCUGAUGCCCCUGCUAAUGCCUCUGCUAAUGCCUCAGCGAACGCCUCCGCUGAUUUGUCUGUUUAA